AUGUCGCGUAGAGCACUUAUUUCCAUUUUGAGACGGCCUGUCUUCAACAAUUUUCGGUACCUUUCGGUCUUUUCGGAAGCUCAACGCAAGGAGAGGAACGCUUUAUUAAAAGAGAUUUACACUCCUUCCUUUUCACAAUUCGAGAAGGGAUCAAAGGAAUAUUUGGAUCUUGACUAUUAUAAGGAACACCAGUCUUUUUUAGAAGAGAUGUCUACCAUCAAAGACACUAUCGAAAUUCCAACUAUUGAUCUCCUGAAACAUAUGAUC